AACGUAUAAUUUCUUUUAUUUUUUAUUUAGUGGGUUUUCCAAAACAAUAGUACAGUUUUAGGGGCUUUUAAGUUGAGCUCUAGGGGUAAAAAAAAUUUGGACUUGGCAACCCUGCUUAUGACUCCAGAACCCUGGCAACACUGCUAGUUUUAAGUCGUGUCAAGGACUCGUCUCCAGGACACGAUGGUAUCCCCUACUCAUUUAUUAGGAACGCUCCUGAAAAAAUUACUUCAUAUUUCCUGGACCUUAUUAAUUCUAUCUUCACUAACGGCAUUAUCCCUCAGUCCUGGAAGUCUCAAUUAAUAAUACCCAUCCUAAAACCUAAUAAAGAUCCUCUUGACCCUUGCUCGUACCGUCCUAUCGCCCUAUCGUCAGUCCUUCUAAAAAUCAUGGAACAUCUAAUUAAAAACAGACUGGAGUGGUUUGUUGAAUCACAUAACCUUCUUUCCUCAUCACAAUUUGGCUUCAGGAAAGGUAGAAGUACAAUGGAUAGUCUUGGGAUAUUCACAACUGACAUUCGUGUAGCAUUUAGCGAACACGAAUCAGUUGUUGCUGCCUUCCUGGACGUCAAAGCCGCUUACGAUAACGUACAGUUGCCCAUCCUUCGGAAAAAGCUCAUUCAAUGUAACGUUCCCCCUAGGCUGAGAGAUCUCAUAAUUAGGGUCCUUUCAGAUCGGCUCAUAUCCUUCAGAGGUAACGAUCACUCUAUCGCCCCGUCUAGAUCCAUAUGGAAAGGUUUGCCUCAAGGGUCAGUUCUCAGCCCAUUGUUAUUUAAUAUUUAUACAGCCGACCUUCAGUCAGCCUGUAAUCGGGUUAACGUCCUUCAAUAUGCAGAUGACAUUUUACUGUACUCCUGUAAUAAGUCGAUUCCUUCCGCCGCCGAUCUUCUUUCUCGCACCUUAGAAUCCCUCAACAACUGGCUUGAACUACAUGGUUUCGAACUUUCUCCUUCAAAAAGUAACAUAGUUGUUUUCUCCAGGAAAUUGUCUAUCCCUGCUAUAAAUGUAACCCUUAAAAACCAGAUUAUCCCUGUCAAACCUCAUAUCAAAUUUCUUGGCUUGACACUUGACUCCAGACUCACGGGGCAAGCACAUUGUGAAUAUAUAGUGACAAAGUGUGAACGUAACAUCAACAUUCUGAGGUGUCUUGCUGGUGUUUGGUGGGGGGCUCACCCUUUUUCGCUGAAACUUCUAUAUAACGCCAUAAUCAGAAGUCUUCUUGACUACGGUUCAUUCUUACUGGAACCUGCUAACGUGUCUGCAUUGCAAAGUCUCAACCGCAUUCAAUCUAAAGCUCUUCGUAUAGUCACAGGAACGAUGAGAUCUAGUCCCAUCAAUGCCCUACAAGUGGAAUGUGUCGAUCCCCCUCUCGACCUUCGUCGCCAGUUCCUUUCUGAUCGCUAUCUUUUCCGCACUUUUCAAUUUUCGUUGCACCCUAUUUCCCCGAAAAUAACACUCCUUAAUGAUUCCUACAAUCGCUCUCGUUUUUGGGCUAAUCAAUCUCCUCCAUGUUUAGUUAUCAGCUUUAGAAGGUUUAAGUCCAUAAAAGACCCAAUGUUUCACUCCCCCAACCUUCCCAUGUUCGAUCACUCAUACCCCGUGACCAUUUUACAACCCCGUGUUCUCCUAAACUUUGGCUCUGCAAAAGGCGAUAUAUGCGCAAAAAAUCAUCUUCAGUUUGCCCUUGGAGAAAACUGGAAAGGCUGGCACACUUUGUUUUCUGAUGCUUCUAAAUUUUCGCCCGUCGGCUGUGUAGGAGUUGGUACCUACCACUCGCAAUAUGGAAUAGUACAGAAGGCGAAGUGUCCUCCUGAAAGCUCGGUUUUCGCUGGAGAAUGCAUGGGUAUUCUAAAAUGCCUGGAAUACUGUCGAGUGGCCCGCCUUAAGCGGUCGCUAAUUUUUUCGGACUCCAAAAGUGUUCUACAAUCUUUUCUUUCGGAUCCAUUUUCAUCAAAACUACAUAACCCAUUAAUAUUCUUAAUCAAAGAGGAGAUUGCGAUAUCCUACCGUCGGGAUUGUGAAAUCGUGCUCGCCUGGAUUCCUAGUCAUUCUGGUAUUCCGGGAAAUGAAAUUGCGGACCAUACAGCUAAACAGGCUGUAGCAUGUGGGGACAAAAUCCCUUUCAAAAAUUGUGCUUUCGACCUGCUCUCUCUUCCUAAAAAAUAUCUUUAUAAUUCCUGGAACGCCCGUUGGCAUGUAUCGAGUAGGACUAAGGCUAAAAAUUACGGGUUGUUGCAGCCGGACAUAGGGCAAAAACCCUGGUUUUAUAAGCUUUUCUUGAGCAAAAGGGCGACUUCAACUAUUAUCCGAAUGAGAUUAAAUCACUGCCUCUCCCUAGUUCACUUAUCUAAGAUGCAUUAUCGGGACACAUCCUUAUGUGAGUGUGGCCUGAACGUUGUAACCCUGAAUCAUAUUUUCCUGAAUUGCCCCCGUCUUAAUCAUUCUCAUUUGUACUCUGGUCUCAUUUUUCAAAAAAUUCCUCUUCCGACGCAUAUGCCCUCUCUUUUAACUCCUAAUCCCUCUGUAUUUCGAAUUCUUUCAAAUUUUAUCAAAAUUAACAAUUUAAAAUUAUAACUAUUCCCGGCUCCUUAAUCUGACCAACACUUUCGUGCUAAAUUCGUAAUCCCGUUUUAUGGGGAACUAUAUUGACGUGAUGCUGGCAAAUGCCUUCGUGGCGAUAGCCAUAAAUUUAAAAAAAAAAAAAAAAAAAAAA